UGUGGUGUGGAGACUACGGGAAAAUAUUCCACGUAAUAUCGUACAUCAGACAUUUCCAAGGAGGGACUGUGACUCUAGGAAGGGAGACUGUCCAUUGUUAAAUAUUACAAGAUAUAUGUUUACAUUGACAGAUAUUUUAUAAAAACUACACUGAACCGGGAGAGAAGAUAAAAUAUAGGGCACAUCUGCGCGAGAAAGGGAAGAAAAUGGAGUUGGAGGACGGAGUUGUGUACCAGGACGACCCGGGGACAUCGGCUAUGAUGUCGGAAAGGGUGUCGGGCCUGGCCAGCUCAAUAUACCGCGAAUUCGAGAGACUUAUCGGGAAAUACGACGAAGACGUCGUAAAGGAACUUAUGCCUCUCGUCGUAGCAGUGCUGGAGAAUCUCGAUUCUGUUUUCGCAGAAAACCAGGAACACGAAGUGGAGCUGGAGCUACUGAAAGAGGACAACGAGCAGCUCAUCACCCAGUACGAACGGGAGAAAGCUCUGAGGAAACAUGCCGAGGAGAGGUUCAUCGAAUUUGAAGACUCGCAGGAGCAGGAGAAGAAGGAUCUGCAGAGCAAUGUGGAGAGGAUGGGCUCAUACUCACGCCAGCUGGAGCUAAAGAUAAAGAACUAUGCUGACCAGAUAAGCCGAUUGGAAGAGCGAGAAACAGAACUCAAGAAAGAGUACAACUCUCUCCAUCAGCGACAUACAGAGAUGAUUCAUAACUACAUGGAACAUGUAGAGCGCAUUAAACUGCAGCAGGUACCUGGAGGAGAGACCCCAGAUUCUGGAACGCUGGGGAGAGUCAGGAAAGAGCGGCCCCUAUCUCUGGGAAUAUUCCCCAUGUCUGGCGGUGGUGGGAGUAACUCCCUCACCCCAGAUAUCCUGGGUCGAGCUGAGACUCCCGGGACAGAAGGCUGGAGAUUUAAUGACCUUAGCCAGCCACGCUCCAACACCAGUCUCAAGCUGGAGGCGGCUGACCCGCUGCAGAAAAGUGGCGGUAAGCACAUGCAGGAGGCUUGGGAGAACUCACUGGUGGAUGACUUCAAGGAUGAGCUGUCGGGUUCUGUAUCUGCCACACCCAUGUCCACCACGGCCUCUGACCUGGCCCUGGACUCCCAGUGUGAGGACGGAGAUGGUGUCAGCAGGAGCACUGAGGUGCAGGCCACACCUGGCACCUGCACCGUCUCUGUGGGUUUGUUGGACAAUGAGGAGAAGUCAGAUGUGCAAGCUAUUAUCGAGUCUACUCCAGAGCUCCAGCUGCACCUAGGCGGCUAUAAAGGUUCCAGCACACCGAAUAAAGGCAUUGAGAACAUGGCAUUUAACCGGAACACGGACUCACUGUUCGAGGAGCUCUCCUCUGCAGGCACUGGCCUCAUUGGUGAUGUGGAUGAAGGGGCCGAUCUGCUGGUGGAAUACUCUGGCAUGGGCCGGGAAGUGGAAAAUCUCAUUCUAGAAAAUACACAGUUGCUGGAAACAAAAAAUGCAUUGAACGUAGUGAAGAACGACCUGAUCGUGCGUGUGGAUGAGCUCAGCUCUGAGAAGGAGGUCCUCCAGGGAGAGCUGCAUGCAGUCCUGCAGGCCAAAGCCAAACUAGAGGACAGGAACAAGGAGCUGGAGGAGGAGUUCAAGAAACUUAGAGUUGAAAUGGACGAGGUCAAGCAGAAGAACAAAGAUGAAGAUGAGAGUGACGUGCCCACGGCUCAGAGGCGUCGGUUCACUCGGGUGGAGAUGGCGCGUGUGCUGAUGGAGAGGAACCAGUAUAAAGAGAGGCUAAUGGAGCUGCAGGAGGCCGUCCGGUGGACAGAAAUGCUUAGAGCUUCGAGGGAAAACCCUGCUCUUGCUGAGAAGAAGAAAUCCAGUAUCUGGCAAUUCUUCAGCCGCCUGUUCAGCUCCUCUUCUUCGGGAAAUACAGCGAAGGCCCCCCCCUCUGGCGUGAAGUACAACCCUCCCAGCACCAUGAGGAAGAGCAGUACUUUCUCCCAGUUCCCUACCGAGAGAUCCAAGGCCUUCGACUUCCUCCGAGAAGAUGUAGACCCAUGCAGCUCCCCAUCCCGUAUGGAGCAGAAGAAGGCUCAGUACAGGCAGGUCAAGGCCCACAUGCAGAAGGAGGAUGGGCGCAUGACAGCUCACGGCUGGAGCCUGCCCAGCAAAUACAAGAUAGUAAAUGGAGGGCAAGCAGAGAGUAAGAUGAAGAACCUGCCUGUGCCUGUCUACCUGAGACCCCUGGAGCAGAAAGAUGUUUCCAUGAAGCUGUGGUGUGCGGCUGGAGUGAACCUUUCGGGCGGCAGGCUGCAGGAAGAGGGCUCGGCCACCGGAGUUGAUGCCACAGGGCCAGAGAGUGAGAGCUCCCGACAGGGCAAAGGAUCUCAGAGCAGCCUAGACCAGCAAGAGCAGGAGCCCAAGGAGAGAGAGGUGGUGCAGGUGGAGAUGUCUAGCCGGGUUUGGAUUUGCACCAGCUCCCACUCCUCCACCAAAGUCCUGAUCCUGGAUGCGACACAGCCGUCUGAGCUGCUGGACAGCUUCUAUGUCUGCAACUCGCAUGUACUCUGCAUUGCCAGCGUACCAGGUGUCCUGGAGACAGACUACCCUGCUGGAGAAGAGAUCCCUCAAGACUCAGAGACAGGGCUCGAAGGCUCUUUGACAGGCAGUGUAGCCAGUAACAGCUCACAAGGCAGCGAGGGAGCUCUGAGCGGCAUUUCAGCAGUCGGCUGCACAGCAGAAGGGGCGGGAUAUGGUAGCACAGGGACAAAUGAGCUUCUAGCAGAGCUUAGUCCUGUCAGGGGUAGAGUGGAGUUGUCUAGGGAACCGAGCCCCAAUGAGGAUGGGAUUCCCACUGCGGAGGAGGCCACUGAGGCUACGGAGGAAGAGGAGGAGGGCCCGGGCACAGAUGCUAGUCAGCCUGGCAUUUACACGGAGCACGUCUUCACAGACCCACUGGGAGCCCAGCCCACUGAGUCCUCCAGCCCCACACACAGUGCCAGGGAGUCGGGGCAGGGGAUAGACGGGGUGGCACCUCUGAGCAGUGAGCCGGACCAAGCCAGGGAAGAAAGCCAGCGGACGAGCAGCACCCUGCCAACAAUGUGGCUGGGAGCUCAGAAUGGCUGUCUGUACGUGCACUCGUCCAUGGCCCGGUGGAGGAAGUGCCUGCAUGCAGUCAAGCUGAAGGAUUCCAUCCUGAACAUCGUCCACGUGAAAGGGCGAGUGCUGGUGGCUUUGGCAGACGGAACCCUAGCCAUCUUCCACAGAGGCCUAGACAGCCAGUGGGAUUUAACCAACUACCACCUGCUGGACUUGGGUCGUCCCCACCACUCAAUCCGCUGCAUGACGGUGGUGCAUGACAAAGUGUGGUGUGGCUACCGGAACAAGAUCUACGUCAUCCAGCCCAAAGCUAUGACGAUCGAGAAAUCAUUUGAUGCACACCCACGGAAGGAGAGCCAGGUACGUCAGCUGGCCUGGGUGGGAGAUGGGAUCUGGGUCUCCAUCCGGCUGGACUCCACACUCCGCCUCUUCCAUGCCCACACUUUCCAGCACCUCCAAGAUGUGGACAUUGAGCCAUAUGUGAGCAAGAUGCUAGGCACAGGUAAACUGGGCUUUUCCUUCGUGAGGAUCACAGCUCUCAUGGUGUCCUGUAACCGCUUGUGGGUGGGGACAGGAAACGGCGUCAUCAUCUCCAUCCCCCUAUCAGAGUCUGUGGGUCUGCAGCAUGGGCUCCUCAGGCUGAGGGCCAAUAGGAGUGUGGGGGUGAUAGCCAGCCGGCCCGGUGGUGCGGUGCGUGUGUACGGGGAGGAGAGCACGGAUGGUGUGGCGUCAGGUUCUUACGUUCCCUUCUGCUCCAUGGCUCACGCCCAGCUCUGCUUCCACGGUCACAGAGACGCUGUCAAGUUCUUCGCUGCGCUACCAGGUCAAGCUGUUCCCCCAGCAACAGGACCCAACAGCAUGAGCCCAGACUCAGACUCUCUUCCUCCUGACAGCCCCUCACAGGACCAGCAGUCUAAGUUCAUGCUGGUCAUGAGUGGAGGGGAGGGCUACAUCGACUUCAGGAGGGGUGAUGAAGAGGCAGGAGGAGCAGGUGAGGAAGAAGAGCCUCUGGAGCCCACAGUCAAGCUGCAGGGCACUCCCGCCAAAACCGAGCGCAGCCACAUCAUCGUCUGGCAGGUUGCUUUCGGUGAUGAGUGACUGUCCAAUCACUGCCUCAGGUUAAUCAGUGAGCUCCACCCCUCAAGUAACCCUACUUGGGCCUCUGUUACAGUUUAAUUUAUUUCAUUUUUUUCCCCACAAAUUAGUAUUAUUAUACUUACCAAUAUUAUCAUAAUACUUACAGAAUACCACAUAGUGUUACUUUGAUAUUUCUGCUUUCUUUGACUUUUACUAUUUUUUAUGAAUCUGGAAUUAGUUUAAAAGUUAAAAAGGAAUCUGUAAAGAGGAGAGAUAGUAGAAGAACAUUUAAAGGAAGAGGAAUCCAUCUGAGACUAAACAUCCUACAGUCAUUAUGUUUGGGCUUUCCAGAAGGCAAGUCCAGAAGACCCUACUCUAGUUCUAGAGUAUUGAAAUAUAGGAAUCCAUGAUGGAUACAAGUGCUUUUAGUUUACACCAUUACCAAGUAUAAUAACAUGCAUUAUAGUAUAUAAGGGAUUUAUACUGCAGGUGGGAUUUUGUUUGUUGUUUUUAUUAUUAGGUUUUGGUGUGCAAGACAGAGAAGGCCUCCUUGUGGAGCUAUAGGUUAUGCGCACUGUGACCGUUACAUCGUGCUGUAGGCGUUUCUAGAGCGUCAGAAAGCUGUAUUUGCUGUCUCUGUGGCAUGGGUCUUGUAUGUGUUGUCCUAGCACCUUAAAGGCAUUGUGUGUGGGUGUGUGUGUGUAUGAGUGUGUGUUUGUUAAAUUAAGUGUGUCCAUGUACGAGAGGAUGCAUGAAGGAGUGCAGUGUGUGUUUUUUUUUUUAAGGCCCUAGCUCUAGAUUCUGCCUACUGUGUUAGCGCCUUUUAUGCUAGAGCUUGCUGGCACUUUAAAAAAAAGUAACCAAGGUUCAUUCAUGCCAAUUCUAAACCCGACAUGUGACACUGUAUUCAUGUUUCCCAAAAGAGACUACCCUGUUACCAAAGGACAAACUCUAAAACAAACAACAAAUGCUUAACAGCUUAGAUACACUGACUUGCAUCUCAUCAAGGCACAUUUUUGCCACAUUUUGCAACAUUCUCUUAACAAAAUCAGUUAUCAAAACAGGCCUCAAUCUAGCAAUGUUGUUUUUUUUUUUAACUGGGAUUUUAUCCAAAUCAAUGAGUGUCACACCACACAUUUGUUUGUAAAUGCAAGGGACUCUGUUCAUCCGUUUUUGUCUCUGAGUGUUUACAUAUAUGGUCGGGGAUAUGAAAACCAGUCAGUAUGUUCUUCUUUCUGUGCAUUUUUUUUGUUGUCUCCAAGACACUGUUGGUAGUGUUUGAUAAAAGGAAUGUGGAAGAGGCCAUUGUUUCUCCUUAUUUUUUGUAUUUUGAAAAAAAAAAAA